UCACCGCCACCAUAAUAAGUCGUUUUCAAAAACACCCUCGCCCCACUCCCCACACUCCUCUCUGAACAUGAAUAUGAAUAUACAUACCCUACUCUGCCUUCUAUAUUCUCCUCCUUUCCCCUCUCUGCUUUCUUCUUCCUCUGCUUCCACAGUUCCACUGUUAGAGUAUUUAUUUACUCUUAUCUAUACUCUGCCUCUCUUUCUCUCUCUCUCUCUCUCUCUCUCUCUCUCGUAGCCUUUCUUCCCUUCUCUCGCUUUAUCACCCACUCAAUCAUCCCUUUCUUCCUAUAUAUACACACACAUUCCACGUCUCUCUCGUCACGUCCACACGCCCUUCUUCCUUCCAAAUCGUCCGAUUUUGGUCAAGUUAUCUAAGCGCUAGCUUAGCAACAUGGAAGAGUAUUACUAUGGAGGUGGGCAUGUGCCGCCGUUCGGGAGCUGGGACUGGAACAACGAUCUCCCCUUCACUCAGUGCUUCGAGUCGGCCCGGCAGGCCGGCUUCCUUCGCUACAGCUACUCCGAGGAUCGAGAUCUGUACGUCGCCGGCGAUCUGUACCAGAACGACGUCGUCACUCCUACCGUGAUCGUCGUCCCUCGCCGCCCACGCCAGCAGCAGCAGCAGCAAGGGAAAGUGCGUCAGUCCCGCACCAAACAAGGCAAAACAAUGGAAAAGCAACAGCAGCAGCAGGCGGAAAUUGGGUACAACUUGAAGGAAUGCGAGAGCGUGGUUGUUAAAGAACCGCCGAGCCCACCUCCGAAUUCCACCGCUACGACGCGCCGGAACCCGAAGCCGGUGGACGAAGAUCUGUACAAGAUCUCGCCGGAGCUUCUCUAUGCAUCAUCCAAACCCAAAAAGGUGAAUUAGUUUUUCCUUUUCUUUCCCCCCCUUUUCAUUUCUGGCAAGGCAACCCCUUUCGCUUUUCAUUUUAUUUUCCUUUCUAAUUUGUCGCCUGAUCUUUAAUUAUCAGCAAUGUCUCCUUCUUUGACCUUUUUGAGUACACUCCACUCCAUUAAAAGAAAAAAGCAGAGCACUAUUUGGUAAUUGCAAAGGUGUGGUCGUUAUCGAUCGAAGUCGAGCUAAUUGGGUUGGGGGGGAAUGUUUGGUUUUUGACAGAAGAAGAGAGGGUUUGGGAUUUUGUCGAGCUGCUUGCUGCCUACCUGCGUCGUUUGAAUGAUCUGAUGGUGCAUUGAGUGUCCAGCUAUGAACUGGGCGGUGCUGCUGCAGUACAUAUUAUUAUAAUUAUAACGAUGAAGGCAGAGGAUAUUAAAUACUAUUAUUAUAUAAUUGUUAUACUAUGGUUUGGAUGAUAGAGCGGACUUUUGCUUAUUAUUAUUGUAUUUAGUCAGCCGGUAGUGUAGCUAGUCAUGUGAGAAAGGCAAGGGAAGGAGGAGGAGAUGAAGAGAAAUCUAGGGUUCGUUUGCUUGUUAGAUUUGGAAAAUGAGGGUUUUGGCCAACAAAAACCUUGGGAUUUAUGUUGGAUUUAUUGGAUUAUGGAUUUGAAGAGUCUAAUGUUUGCAUGAUAGAUUUGAUGAAGGAUUUGUGAUGAAUUUGUUAAAUAAAUAACUAACCAUCAAGGAUUUGCAAAUCCCAAAUCAAUAUGUGGGAUUUACAAAUCCGUGGGGUCCACAGAUUUGGUUCCAAAAUAAAGAUCAAAUCCGUGGACCCCACGGAUUUAGCACCCUUCAACAAACAAUAGACUUAUGUUAAAUCCAUCAAGCUUGGGAUUUGCGUACCAAAUCCAUG